GGCAGCGUAUGGGAAGAAACAAGCUGAAGUCUUUCGGGCCACUAAUGUGUCGAAUGGCAAUGCUCAUCCAUGUUCGCAGUGGGAGCUUCUUCUUCAAGACCUUGGGCAUCACUCUUCUUUUCAUGGCUGGUUUUCCUGAUGAUCUGGUUCAACGAGAAACUAAAUACCGGAACCUUGACUUGCUUCAGAAGUAUUAUAGGACGGAUGAGGAUGCUGAAGGGGAGGAAUUAUUUCUUCCACAUCCUAUGACUAGUGAUACUCAGGCUAGUCCAAGUUCUCAGCAGUUCUGUGGCAAGUCUGGUUCAACAAAAACAAAGGCGAAAAAACAAACUCACCCAAAUAGCAAGCCUCACAACAUACAGAGAUCUUCAUUCCCACAGACUGCACUUUUGAGUUCUGCACCUCCUACACAAUUUGGAGGUCAUCAGACCUCUAUUCUUCACGCUCAAGCAAUGGCAACAUUCCCGUCUCAGACGCCAUUAGAUGCUCAACCAAUCUCAAACUGUGCAAUCGCGAAUGCUGGUACGAGUAUCUCCUACUCUGGUCAAACCCCGUAUCACAUUUUUACACCACAACCAGCAAACACCUUUAUGCCUAUGGUAUAUUGGCCUCCCCCGAACACAUUUUCUCCGGGACCUUAUCAAUCUACAUAUGGGUACCAAUCUUUCCCUUCUACCGGAAACUACUUCGUCCAUCCACAGCCCUAUUACAACCAUCCGGCUUGCAGUCCAUUGAUCCCUAAAAUGGUGGAAGCAGCAGGAAAAAAUGGCGUGGCCUCGGCGGAAGCUGAUAGUGGCUACGAUUGCAGUUCAAGCAGUAUUGAACCAAAGAAGAAUUAGCAUAUCUGUCUUCCCUGUAAAUUACCAUAACUUGAGUUAUCUUAUUCUUAAUAAAAGACAUAUGCAAAGUGAUGCAUU